AAAUCGACCUUACCACCCGUGCACACAUUGACAAGUUCUUCGUCCAGGGACUCGCCAAUUCGUCCAUCGAUCAUCCGGCUGCGUCGGGCUCGUACCCGACCGAGUUGAAGUUCAAGGCGAGCGUGGUGGAUACCCCGGGAAAUGAAUUCUUUUUUAAAAUGGAUGUACAGCAGUCACAUGGCACCGUUGCCAAUGACGCCGAAGAUAUCCAGCAGUUUGUCACGACAUAUGAACCAGUCGUCCGGUACAUUCAGAUUAAAAUCGAAGCAUCCAAUUCUGCUUACAACUGCCUACGAGUCGAGAUAUACGGCCACAUGAAUUUUGAGCAAUGGCCGAGUUUCAACGGGACUAACAUAGACGAUCAUAUCGAGUAUGGAACCGAGAAUGAUGUCCAUCUUGAAUGCAGCUGUUCCACAGAGCCCCCGAUUGAAACUUUUAAAGCAGAUUACUACUCCGUCCUUAGCGGAACCGAAAUCGCCAAUGAACUUUGCUCCGAACAUCACCGUGACACCAGGGAAGUACACACUACAGCAGAGCCAAAUGCACCAACUGGAACACAGCUAGACAGGAAGCUCGACCCAGGCAGCGGGGGCGUAACGACCGGGUCGAUCUACACGGACAUUUUCAGUGUCGAGCUUACGUCGCCGGCAGUCCACGAUGUGACGUCACCGCCUACGUCAUCAUGGUUGUGUCCUGACAUUCAUCCGGACACGCUGUUUACGUCCACCUUAAUCUUUCGAGAAGCAAUCUCCAUACGCAAAGGUAGCAUACGAUUCAAUUACUUUCUCCGCGGCGAUGUCCGGACAAGUUGGAUUCUGUACAUGAGAGUGUGGCGAGAGCUCUUCGGUCGCCCAUCGGCACAAGACGAGGUUUUAGCCUCUACCUAUGGUUCACCGGGUGGUUCCCCAGGGGAAUGGACCGAGUUCUACCUCGAGCGAGAAUUCAGUGAGAAUCCCUAUCAGCUUGUUGCAGAGUUCACCAUUGUUGCUGACGGACAUUCCUUGGUUGCUUUUGAGCUGGAUAGCUUUCAGUUAAAUUCAGAAAGUUUUACUGAUGAUAAAGGGCACCUUCAGGGCAUGAAAAGCCUGAAGAUCUCGGAUCAUCAGAUCUCGGCAUCCAGCGCACUCGAUCUUGACACCGGACCAACAUCAGCUCGCUUAAUCGAGGGUUCCGGUUGGUGCCCCAGUAUAAACGAUGCAAACCCAUGGAUUCAGGUUGAUAUGGAGAGGGAGAUAUUGUUGAGAGGAAUUAUGGUUCAGGGCAGGAAGAAUGUCGACGACUGGGUCACCAAGUACUACAUCCGGGUCAGCCAUGACGCAAACACAUGGCAUUACUAUGACAACUUGAACUAUCCAACUAUCUUCGACGGAUCUUGGAGUUCAGAUGUUGUUGUUUUGCAGAGGUUAUUGAACCCGAUGUACUGCCAGUUCAUCCGCAUUUAUCCCGUUGCUAAUAACACCAACCCAUGUUUGCGAUUUGAUUUAACGUCACACAACAAAGUAAAUGCAAAUGGUGGAUCCACAGUGUCGCCAACCUUCAAGGAGGUCUCCACCACAUCUAAAGCAACAACAAGAACACCCGGUACAACGCCCAAUGGCAUAACCAACGCAAUGAGCAGUACUACCAAAUCAACAACUCCUUUGGCUGUCUUAGGCAUGACAUCACCAGGGCAGGUUCAGAACUCAACAACAGUUCCCAGUACUGGUAAAACUGGUUUUGCCACGCCGACGGAUGGACCAGCGUCGACUGCAGGUCCGAUGUCCUCCACGACAGCCGCAGGUUCAUCCACCAGUGGAACACAAAGUCACCAAGGUGGCAGCGAUGGUGGUGGUGGUAGUGGUAGUAGCCCAUCAAUCCUGAAACCCUCUACAACCACUGUAUCAGAUGGAUCGACAGAAAAGCCUAAAGAGAAUGUGCCAGAUGAGAUUGUAAAUGCCAAGGGGGUUGAUGAGGUCUUCCUUGCUGUCACCGUUCCCAACAUCACUGUGUCCUUUGAGACGGCAUCCGCAGCGCUCAAAGUUGUUGCCAACCUUACGCAUAAGUCGUCAAGUUCACUUAACAAAGAGGAUAUCAACAGCAUUAGGGGGACCUUGACCGCUGUUUCGUCGCAAGCAGCCUCCACAAGAGAAACAGCGCAGACAUUCUUGGACGUGGUUGGAAGUAUUCUUGUACCAAAUGACACUUCAACAGAUUCUGGGAGAGAUGUUUCUGAGAAUUCAACAUCCCUAGAGAAACACGCCAGUAGUAUGAUGGAAAUUGUAGAAGUGUUUGCUACGGAUGCGGCUAAAAAUCUCUUAUCAACCGCCGACAAGGAGGUUGUCAUUCAGAAUGAUAGAUUAGUUCUACAUCUAACCAAGAUCUCGCCCGAUGAUGUCGAAAACACCACUGAAGCAGUAACCGUCAGCGUGAACUCAACGACUAACGAACUUCACUUUCCACCAUCUGUAUUUAGAGGAAAAAAUGUUACAAUCAGCGCAGUGGUCUUCAACACUCUUCACCUGACGUCAUCGUCUCAGCUUGGUGGUCUCCAUGGUAACGACACGCCUACCAGUGUGGGGUCAAAGAUCAUGUCAGUCCAGGUCGAGGCAACGGACGGGUCAAAUAUCACAUUCAGUGAUGAUGAUCCCAUCGAAAUGGUCCUAGAACUAACCGAGGAUGCCAACACAACAAACACUCAGUCAUUGUGCGUCUUCUGGGAAUAUUUAGAAGAUGUGGAAUCAGGAGGGGUGUGGUCUACUGCUGGUUGUCAUAGAAACCAAACCAAAGGCCCUCAGAUCACAUGUCAUUGUGAUCACCUGACCAAUUUUGCAAUCCUUCUCCAAGUCAACCCAAAUCCAAAGGUACUAUCCCUUGCUCACAGAGUGACAUUGGAUAUGCUAACCUACAUUGGCUUGGCCCUGUCUAUAGCUGCUCUAGUAUGUACUCUCACAACAUUCAUUUUACUCAAAUUGUUGAAAUCUCAGCGUACAAUAAUACAUGCCAACCUGUGUAUAGCAUUACUAUCGGCACAGCUUCUGUACCUGAUCGGAAUAGAGAGAACAACUCCAGCGGCAUUGUGUACUACAAUAGCUGUGCUACUGCAUUAUCUCUUUACAUCGACGUUCUCUUGGAUGUUAAUGGAGGGAAUCUAUAUUUUGAUGCAGUCUCGUUCUGCCUACGGGAAGGGAGGAAAGACGUGGAUGUACAUGGCGGCUGGAUGGGGUUCUCCUGUUGUAAUUGUAGCGAUAUCUCUUGGAGUGCGCCUAGAUGGAUAUGGCACAGAUGAUUAUUGUUGGUUAUCUGUUGAGAAUGGACUCAUGUGGGCUUUCGCUACUCCUGUGCUUCUAGUAUUGGCUAUGAACACAAUAGUCCUGAUCAUGGUGAUCCGUGUAUUCAUGGCGCUCAAGGCCAACUUGGAUAAGACAGAAGCAGAAAGAUUAAGGUAGGUGGCAGAUGUCAUUG